UUGUUGGCGUCCUGUUGCCAUAGAAACGGGCUGCCCCACUCUUCCCAGAGGGGUCAUCUUUCCCAGAUUGCUUCUAUGAAUCCCUUUGGUUUGAGUUUGGGGCGAGGUUGGAGACACUAUAACGUUUACGUGCGUUAUUUAAAGCUCCAUCCAGGGUCAGAGAAGUGAUGUGAGCGUUCCCGGGCUGGAUGACGGGGGGAUAAUCCUCCCGAGGACGGAGUGGCGCGAGCCAGAGAAGGGGUGGGCUCCGGGACUUGCAUUAUCCCCUAGGGAAGCGGUACUUGACGGAGCCCUCAGGGCCUUUUCCCGACUGAUUCUCCAGGGAUGGCGGCCUCCGGGGUGGAGGCUGCCGAAAGCCCCCAAACCGAAACCUCCCGAUGGAAGAAGAAGAAGAAGCCAGUCCUCCGCACGGUCAGCCAAAUCUGCCCCCCUCCGAGGCGGCCCCUGGCCAUAGCCGAUCUGCGCCCGGGCAUGGAGAAUGAGAGGCUGGGCCUCAUCAGGGACUCCAUGCUGCAGAACCCGCUCAUCUUAAAGGCUGAACUUGGGAAGCCUCGAGAAAGGAGCAGCACUCUUCCUGGAAUUAAUUUUAACUAUGGAUUGUAUGUUCAAGAGAUAGAUGGAGGAGUCCCAGAAGCCAUUGGACACUGGAAUGUUUUGAAACAGCAACCCACUUCUCCCCAGGCUAUGACUCGAGACUUUAUUGCCAUGAACCGAGGUGCAAUCAAGGCUGGUCUGGUCACAGCCAAGGAACAUUUCUUAUACCGUCAACUCAAUGAUAUUCGCAGGAGUGACCAGGAUGAGAGGCGUUUCAAAAAGGACCUGUCAUAUGUCCCUCCUGAUAUUACCUAUGGGAAUCAGGCACGGCCUUCUACGCCCUUCUUUGAUCUGAUGCAGCACAAGUACCAGCAGCUAUGGAUAGAGGAACAAAAAGCAGCCCAAAAGGCCUUUAAAAAAGAGAAAAAAAACAAGAUCACCCUUGGGAGGUUUUAUGAGACAAGGACCUGUCAGCUGAGGAAGUAUAAACCGACAGUGAAACUGGACCCUCUUUGGCACAUGCCUCACUUUCAAAAAGUGAGCCGCCAUCUUGAUACAUUCCCGUCUGAGAAAGCUCGCCAGAGGGCAUACAAAGCCCACUAUGAGGAGUUCUCAGUACGUCAAGGAACCCUGCGUAGGGGCAACUAUACCCAUCUCUAGACACUUGACUUAUAUAAGAAACCCUUUUAGUGUGAUAGGAAAUUCCCUGGAUAGAUUUAAGAGUAUAGUGAACCUCCCUUUUCUGCCCUUAUUGAGGCAAAAACCCCAUGUCAUUUGAUGGGGAUUCUGCCUCUGUAAGGACCUAAGAAUCAGCCCUCAAGUCAAUGAUAUUUGAUGACUUCCUAUUUUUUUAGGUCAAAGUGCUUAGUAACUCCUUUCCACUUCCUCACUGGAGAAACAAUUUCCCUUAGCAUUCUAAAUCAAUAAAGGAGCUUAUCCUUUCUUCCAAUACUCUCUUCUGAUGUGAAGAUCCUGAGUUUCAAGGCUUUUAUCCAAGGAACAUUGUGAAGGUCAGAUCUCACAGCCCUGCUACACUCAAGGCUAUGAACAAAAAACAUACUGGCUUUCCUGCUUAUUAUAAUAUCAACAUACUCUGAGAUCCCUUGCUUUUGUCUCCUGAAUCUUAAUUCUUCUCUUUGGGCUUAUGACCACAUGCAUGUGAAUGCUAGUUCUCUGGGUUCCAGUCUACCAUGAAUCCUCCUAAGAAGUAACUGGAACCUUUAUGAUCUGGACUAUUUCAGCUUUCCAAUGAUGUACUAUUUCUCAAUCUAUCAAGUCAUUCCUAAUCUAUGGGAAGGUUGCUAGGGUUAGCAUUAUUUAGAUCCCUUUCUAAAGAGAGAGAGAGUUCAAAGGAAGAGAAAGGGCCACAGGAAUGUUUUCUCAAUAUAUAACUGUUUUGACUGACCUCCUUGUGGAAGUCCCCUUCUAUUCUCCAGUACCUUUUGUCAGAAAUAAUAUAUAGAGAUUCCACAAUUCUGUAUUUUAAUUAAAUACUUUGAUUUGCCAUUCUUGUCUCAUGUCCGUAUUUGAAUAACUUAACAGUAUCUCUAUAAUUCUAAUAAUGGAACCAAAUGGGAUUGAAAGAUUAAUGGAAGUUUCUCUCAGCAAACUGGACAGAUUUCAAAUGUGUAGAUCAAAGUAGUUGGGCCCCCACUGUUCUAUCUCUUACUCUUCCUUCGCACCAUGAAUGCCAAAAAAUACUAGACUCUAGGCUCUUAAGCUCCAAUGUCCUUCCUUUCUAAACUUUGUAUAUCUACCCUCCCCCUUUUCCCAUCCAUGCUCAAAAUGGUAGGUAAGGGCUACAAAGCACUUUGUUUUCCAUCUACUAUCUUAUUUGAUCUUCACAACAAACCCUGUGAAGUUUGUAAAGUAAGUAUUAUUGUACGUGUUUUAUAGAUGAGGAAAAUGAGUCUCAGAGAAAUGAAAUGAUUUGCCAAUGAUUAGUAGGUAGUGGAGAUAUGUGUGGACCUUAUGGCUUCUGCCACCAAGUCCAGUUCUCUGUCCAUUGUGCCACAUGGCUUCUAGUGCUGGCUUGGCUGGAUUAGCCUCUGUGGACUAACAGGUAUUGCCUUCCUUUCACACCUACUUUAUGAGUUGAUUAGUCUAUGACUACUGUAGGUAGGAUACUUAGGCUAGUUCUCCUAACUCUUAUAUAACAUAUCUGUAGAUUCUAAAUUGAACAGCAAAGUCCAUGAUCUUUUAAAAGUUCAUCUCACAAUAACAAUGUCCCCUCCUCCUGGAAUCAUAUUCUUCAAAAAUAUUACAAUGACUCCUCAAAAGUCAGACGAUCCUCGCUCAGGGGAUAGAUGCCAUAAGAGGAAAUAACAGCAGAUUGGUGAUAUCUCUUCAUAACCUACCUGCUCCAUGAUGGGCAAACUGGCCCUAGGAAUGGCUUCAUCAGUCACAGAAACUUCGAUAUUGUUCUAUGGUUCAGGCUUUGAAAGUCAGGGUCACUGUACCAUAUACAGUGUUAUUUAAGGCAACUAAAUUGAUACCAAAAUGGAAUUUGCUUAUCUUUUGGAUGACACUUUCCCUUGAAGGAAGGCAGUUGUAGAAAUAUUCAUUAGCUCCCAGGUAGUGCUGUGCAUCUAGGGAGGACAAGAGAAACUAAAAUUAAACUGAAGACAUUGUAAUGGACCAAAAAUAAUGGAAUGGCUGAGAAGAUUAACCAGUUCUUAGGUACCUAGUUACUACAUUAAUAGACUUAAGAAUAGCAAUCAAAAAAUACCACUUGGAAUCUUAGGGAUGACUUAAAUAACUUAAUUUUAUUUAGAUA